AUAAAUUGUAAAUCGCAGAGAUUUAUGUGCCCCUGCUGUGUGUUUUUUCUUCACAGACAGGAGGUUCGAGAGAACUGUGUUCGCUGGAGGAAGAGGUUCACCUUUGUGUCCAAAAUGAGCGCAAACCCCCACACCGGAGUCCUGGAUCCCUCUGUCUGCAGGUUGUCAGUCAGGAAGGAACUCAAAGGAGGAAAAGCAUAUACGAAGCUGGGCUUCACAGACCUCAACAUGGCGGAGUUUGCGGGUUCUGGCUCCACUGUGCGCUGCUGUCUGCUGGAAGGAUACGACACCAAGAACACACGGCAGGACAACUCUAUACUGAAGGUGAUAAUUGGGAUGACCCUCCUGUCUGGAGAUCCGUGUUUUAAGACGCCCCCCUGCGCAGCCAAAUCCAUCUCCAUCCCGGGACAAGAGCACACCCUGCAGCUGGACUGUAAGGGGGAGGGAACGGCCGAGCCCGGGCCUGCUGGGGGGGUCUCUCUGGGCCGAGCCUCCAAGCCUCGACCCUCAAUCAUCAGCUCAGGUCUCCUUGAUGAAUCAGAAGCCAGCCACUCCGGCCCUGCAGAAGGUUUUCUCUCUGGUCACUCUCGUAACUCCAGCUAUGCCAGCCAGCACAGCAAAAUCUCAGGUUACAGCACUGAGCACUCCUGCUCCUCCAGCCUGUCGGACCUCACACACCGCAGGAACACCUCGACAGGAAGCAGCGCCUCUGGGGGCGUGGCCUCCCCUGCUGACACCCCUGCAGAGGGCGACAAGGACGCUGGACGUCCAGAGAGACCCCCUCGACCUCCGCGGCCCAUCUUACUCCCCAACAGGCCGUCCAGGAGGAAGCAGGACUCGGUGGAGAGUCACCCCUCUUGGGUAAACGACACCCGCAUGGACGCAGAUGAUAUUGUGGAGAAAAUUGUUCAAAGCCAAAACUUUGCAAAUGUCAACAACACUGAAGACAGCAACCUGCGACUGUUUGUCAGCAGAGACGGAACGACUGCGCUCAGCGGCAUCAGGCUCGGGAACAGGGUGUCUGCCGGCGGGUACGAGCCUGUGGUGAUAGAGAGCCAUUAGACCUGGAGCAGGAGCGGUGGAUCGUCUCGUCUUCUGUCUCGCUGGUUUCCCCGGAGCUUCAGCCGGUCUGAUGCCGCGAGGGGGAGAAACCUCGUCAGUUUGCACUUUAUGUGAAGUUUGUCUGCAGCACUCCGUUCAGCUGUUUCUCUGCACAAAUGUUUCUCUCGUACUGCCUUGUGGUGUGUUUACCUAACUAGACUUUGGAUGGGAUUUAGAUCCAAAGAGAUAGCACUUGAUGGUAAACUGUUUUACCUGUAAGGUGAUAACAGAUAGACAGUAACAUCAUACAUUUGUCCCUGGUUUUAUUUUUCUGACUGAUGCUCUAACUGUAGCGUAAAAGGAGGGAAACGGUUAAAAAUUACGUCUGAGAUGACUGAUAUUUUCUGUGUUUAAGUCCCCUUUUUAAUACCAACCGCUUGAAGUACAGUAUUCUUAUUUGUCGUAUACUUUUUUUGCAGUUAGUAUACAAAUUAACAAAACGAAAAACACUUUUUAUUUCUAAAAAUGUAAGACUCUGAAAUAUUUGUGCUUACUUUGAACCGCUCCUCUAUUCCAUUUCAUUCUUUGAGUAUGAAUCAUUUAGUCAAUUAAACAAUGUAAAGUCACUACAGACCAAACAUCUGCUCAUUUUAGUAUCUUAUCUGUUUAAAAUGGAGCCUGCUUUCAAGCUGAUAUUAUUAGAUCAAAAAAGUAUUGGUGUCUUGUCAGGGCCUGCGUUAAUUUAGGUAAAAAAGUUUAAAGAUGUUUCCUUUUCAGUUACUGUCAAGAAUAUUAUGUCACUGCUCAAAAACAAAUGAUUGAAUACGACAGACUAGAGUUAAAUCCACUUGGUGUCCAACUUCACUUCCAUUAUAAAUUCAUUACUCAAUUCCAUUUGUUUUACAGAUUUAUUUCGACACGUUCUACAUCGUACUUAGCUCGAUCCACUUUACCUUUCCACGUCUAGGUGGUCAUGGUACAUUUAAUAUCAAAAGGAUAUUUUAAGACUGACUGCCAGAGACCAUGUGUGGAGAACAUGUGUGUGAGAAGUGACAGUAAUGACAUUACAUUAGAGCUGAAAGAGACAGGAAGUCAUUGCCGGCUAGCCCUGAGUGACUUCCUGAUUUGCUGGGGACAUAUGGACCAUUAUGUUUCAUGUUCACCAACGGUAGAAACCUGGCCAAUUGGCUGCUUGAUGUAUUCUUCUGUCAUAAACUGUGUUCUUCCCUCAACACUUGCAGGAUGAUAUGUUCAUCAGAAGUCAUUUUUGUUAAAGCUUAAAGUAAAAGUUUAGAAAACCACUACAAAGCUGCAAAAACUCUGAACCGCUUUAGUUUUGUUGUCUUUUUGUUGUUGUUGCUGUUCCCUGUUGAUCGGGGAAAAGCAGUGGACCCACUUUGUGCCUGUAAAGUUUCUCUUGAAUGAUCCUGAAGCACCAGGAAAUCUGUGAGUGCUAGUGAUGGAGAGGAGAGAAAUAUUGUUUUCUUGUUCUUUGUUUUAAUUGUGUUCUAUGUUGUAACGUGCAGGGGAAUCCCAGCCUAUACUCACUGCAUGUUGCUGCUCCAUCUCCAUGAAGGAUGACUUGGUUACCAUUUAGUUCUCUUCGCCAUCCGAAGUUCAAACUGAAUGUGAGGUCGAUCUGAGAAACACAGUUUUGUGGUACAAACUGUGCUGGUUUUAUUUUGAAAGACAGAGUUGAAUCCAUGAAGAGGGAUUUCUGCAGACUCUAAUAGUCUUUGUUGCCCCCUGGUGGAGCAACGAGUCUGUGCUCAUUUGGUGUUCCCAUGGAUGUUUAGUUAGUUUGUUUACAGCUGUCUUCGGAUGAACAAACACUAAAGUUGUCACACACACACACACACACGGCUGGUUGAUGGGUUAUUUUUAUCAAUGAGUUUUUCCAUUUGCGUUUGUACUCCAGAUACUUUUCCACAUAAAGUAAGAACAACAUUUUAUUUUCUCAAGAGUCUUAAAAUCAAAAAAUGUCUUUUGUAAAAAGAUAAAAAAAGGAAUAAGUCUUUAUUUUCAAAUGCAGGUUAAGUCCACUUGAGUUUAGUUGAAUGACACAGAUGUUAUUUGCCAAGAUUUGGCUCCAACUAAGGAUAUUCUAAAAUCAUAAAGAGGGAUAAUCAUUUUGAAACCAGCAAAUGAUUGUCUUUUAAGCUUUUAAAAAAACAAAACUUUUAUUACAACUCGUUUCCUUUCAAACAACAAAUCGAAACAUUGCUUAAUUGCAUCUGAAACAAAUAAAAUAAUCAUUUUGGCCUUGUUUUCAAAGAAAAUCGGCUUUUAAGACUCUGUUCUUCAUCUGAAAACAUACUUAAGCUAAGGACAAUAUUUUUUAUACUUUAGGUUUCCACCUUCCACAUCUUCUUACUGGUUGAAUCCAGCUCAUUAUAUACAAGUUGAAUCACUUUUCUUUACACUACCUGUUUGUAUUUUUGUUUAUUAAUCACGUGGUUUCUCACAAUUUUCAGGGUGAGUCACUGACUAUUGUCUGAAAUUGGGUUUACAUCACCACAGCCUUUAGUAUUCAUUUAUAUAUUCUCUCCCCUUUUUAAUCUCUGUAUUUCUCAUUGUCUGGAGGUUGUUAACAAGCUAUGCACACAACUCACCUCCCUUAGUCUUUUAUUUUUACAAUUAGUAAUUCUAACAAAUUAUUCUAUUCCUACAAAGCUAGUAUAACCUUAUUUUAUAGAGAAUCAAGUUUGUUAUUUCUGCUGAAAUGACUUUUAAACAAUAAAAAGCUAUAGAGUUUG